GCGGCGGCGUUGGCGGCGGCCCCAUGUUUUCUCCCAGCCAGGAGGAGCACUGCGCGCCCAACAAGGAGCCCGUCAAAUACGGCGAGCUGGUGGUGCUGGGGUACAAUGGCUCCCUUCCUAACGGCGACAGAGGGCGUCGGAAAAGCAGGUUUGCUCUCUAUAAACGACCCAAAGCCAACGGCGUCAAACCCAGCACUGUUCAUGUGAUUUCAACACCUCAGGCAUCCAAGGCCAUCAGCUGUAAAGGGCAGCACAGUAUCUCCUACACGCUGUCCAGAAACCAGACGGUCAUAGUGGAAUAUACCCAUGACAAAGAUACAGACAUGUUUCAGGUCGGCAGAUCAACGGAGAGCCCGAUAGACUUUGUCGUCACCGAUACGAUUUCCGGCAGCCAAAACAGCGAUGAGACGCAGAUCACCCAAAGCACGAUCUCCAGGUUUGCCUGCCGAAUCGUCUGCGAUAGGAACGCGCCAUACACAGCCAGAAUCUUCGCGGCAGGGUUUGACUCUUCGAAAAACAUAUUCCUCGGGGAAAAAGCAGCCAAGUGGAAGAAUCCAGACGGGCACAUGGACGGAUUAACGACCAAUGGCGUUCUAGUCAUGCAUCCAAGAGGGGGAUUCACCGAAGAGUCGAAACCCGGAGUCUGGCGGGAAAUUUCCGUCUGCGGCGACGUGUACACGCUCCGUGAAACGAGAUCGGCUCAGCAAAGAGGCAAGCUAGUGGAAAACGAAACCAACGUCCUGCAGGACGGCUCCCUCGUCGACCUGUGCGGCGCCACCCUCCUGUGGCGGACGGCGGACGGCCUGUUCCACACGCCCACUCAGAAACACAUUGAGGCCCUGCGGCAAGAGAUCAACGCCGCGCGGCCCCAGUGCCCCGUGGGGCUGAACACGCUGGCCUUCCCCAGCAUCAACCGCAAAGAAGUGGUGGAAGAAAAGCAGCCCUGGGCUUACCUCAGCUGCGGCCACGUCCACGGCUACCACAACUGGGGCCACCGCAGCGACACGGAAGCCAACGAGCGCGAGUGCCCCAUGUGCAGAACCGUCGGCCCCUACGUGCCUCUCUGGCUCGGCUGCGAGGCGGGCUUCUACGUCGACGCCGGCCCCCCGACUUACGCUUUCACUCCUUGCGGGCACGUGUGCUCGGAGAAGUCUGCCAAAUACUGGUCCCAGAUCCCGCUGCCCCACGGGACUCACGCGUUCCACGCCGCCUGCCCUUUCUGCGCUACCCAGCUCUCCGGAGAGCAGAACUGCGUCAAGCUCAUUUUUCAGGGUCCGAUCGACUGAUGCCGUCUGGCAGACGACUUACCGACAAAAGCUCACUUUUGUUAACAAUUUACUGUGAAGAUUAAGAAAUUUGCCACUAACGCUAGAUUUUACCUUUUUUA